AUGUCCCCACCAUCGAAUUCAGGCGUUACCUCAGUACAUUGUAGGCAUCGUAUUAACGAUGCAGCUAAGAAAAUUAGAAACUACACUCAUGAAAUUGGUGAAUCAUAUAACAGUAAAAGGUUCGAGUGUUUUGACGUAGUUACUAAUAUGCAGACACGUGAUUUAAUUAACAAUUUCAAUUUAAUGUGCGACAGAAAUGAACUAAACUAUCAUAUAUGUGGCCUUAUUGUCAUAAAUAAUGUACAAAGAAGGCGUUCAAGAAGACCUGAAGCAUCAGCAAAUUUACGAGAGAACGCUUUUAAGCAUAAAGUAAGGCUUUUUGACAAGAAAGAACAGCAGUUUAAGGAAAUUCAAUACGGAAUGGUUAAUUAUGAUCUUGAUGGAAUGCCAGCUGUUAUUAAGAUAAGAAGAAAGUUUAAAGGUGUAAGUUGUGAAUGUAAAACUCAUGCUGAUGCUCAUUUCCUUAUUAUGCUGCGUCUUGAAAUUAACGAAGAUGAGAUUCCUACAAUUGUAUUUUACGGGAAAGGGAAAACUGAAGUUGAUGUGACCCUUGUCCAAGCAGAAGAAGCAUUAGCUGCCCCGAAUGAUGACUGUUCUGAUAUAGAAGAUGAUGAAGAUCCAGAUUAUGAAGAGGCUGAUAUGUCAACAUCAGAUGAGGAUGAAGUAGCAUUAGAAAAAGAAGAAAUUCCUCAAAAGACUAAAAAAGCGGAAAAACAAAAAACUAUCUGGAAGACUGGAAAAUUUGUACCUCCAAAUGUUUACUUCGUGCCUACAACAGACAUCCAGAGAGGUUUAGUAGUUUUUAAUAUAUGUCUUCAAAAAUUUGGUAUGGGACAUAGGUUGGGCAUACUGAGAAUGGUCAAAAUUAGAAUCAUGAGCUUAACACGCCACCAAGAAACCAGAAUAAAUUACUUCUGA